UAUAACAGUGUACCUUGCUGGCGCUAUUUGUGGCAGUCGAACGCGAGCCCUUGGCUGGAAAGGGUACACAGCUCAGCAGCACUUACUUCACUGCAUACGGGCACCAAGCGAAUAGUAAAAAAAAAAAUAAACACAAACAUUCACAUACAGUUUGGUGGUGCUAAAAAUUGUGUAAAUUAAUGGCGACUUGAGAAUUUAGACAAUAAAAACAUCUGUGAAUAAUUAAUUAAUUACAAAUGCAACUUAUGCAAUAUUGUUGUUUUCGAGUAAUUUGUGAACGCUUAUUUUAACGGUAUCGAAAUAAAAAGAAAAUUGAACAGUGUUCGAUACGACAGAGAAAGCAGCAAGAACUUGUACAAAAAAAAAAUAAAAUAAAAAAACAACAAUAAACACACUGAACUUUUGAUAUAAACGCAUAAAAAAAGGCAAAAACUUUGUCUACGUCUGCGUUUGGACUUGGACUUGGUCUCGAUGUUACAGCGUAAGGAGCGUAGAGGAGCGUAGUAACGCACACACAUGCGCACGCACACGCACGCAUACAAACUCGCAAAAGUACACACUCCAUUUUCUACAUCACUUCGUGCCUGUGCAUCUGCCUAGUGGCUCAGCACCUGCCCCAGCCUCUGCCUCUGCCUCAGCGCCAGCGUCGGAUUGAGAUUCAGUAACAGUAAAAUAGUAUCAGCAUUAGCGGCGUCAGCUCCUCAACCUUUGCGCGCUGCUAACAUCAAACGGUCGCGCGCUCAGUGUUCAUUAUACAAAAGAGAGUUGCUGCUACUGCGUGUGUGUGUGUGUAUUGCUAGCUGAGUGCUGUUGGAGUUCUGUUUGUAUAGACUGCUGCCUUCACCCCAAAAUCUCGUAUUGAUUUUGGAUUCAAACACACACGCUGCCCUCGUCAUCGUCGUUGUUGCUGUCGUGUGUUGCUGUAGCUGACUGCUAACGAGAGAGGCAGCCGCCAUAAAAUUCAACAUACAACAGAAAGCAAACGCAUACAGUGUUUGUUGCAACGAGCAUAGCACACGACCGCGGCAUAGAAAGUUGGGGACGACGAAAAGCGACGCAAAGCAAAGAAGUAUAGUAAGCUCGACUGAGCGGUGGCCCGCCCACCCACUAACCGCUCAUACAGCAGCCAGCCAGUCAGUCAGCCAACCAGCCGUGAAGAUGCUAGCAAUAUUGUAAACACGCAUGCUUACAAAAUUUAUUUAUACGAAAUAAAAAUUAAAAACAAAAAAUCCAAAUAAACAUAAAUAUAAAUCAAUAAACUGUUGAAACUAAAAGACAUUUCUAAUGGGGAACAUGUGAUGCAAAUCAAAUAAAAUGCAAAACUCUAAAUAAACCAAACUAAAAAAAUGUUUUAAACAACAAAAAGUCUUAACAAAGUAGCGCACAAAUCCAAUAUCAAUUACUAAACUAAAUCCAAAAAAACAACAAACACAUACAAUAAGUAUAAUAAGUUGUAGAAAACAUGUACAUUUGUACGGUGAUAAAAAUGUUUAUACUCGUUAAAUUAACCAAAUAACACACAUUCCCAAAGAUUUGAAAACGUAAGACGAGAACAAAUCCUCUGAAGGACAAUUGUAACAGUAAAGUGUGCCAAAAUCGAUUUAUACCCAGUACUCGCUUCUCGGUUUGUGUAGAUAUUCAUUCGUAUUCAUGAAUGCCGUACAUUUGGAACCAAUAGUGCUCCUUUCAAUUGUUGUAUUAUUAGGCGUAGUUAUUGUUGUUAUUGAUUAAUAUACAUAAGUAUAUACACUUAUUUAAGAUAACCCAAAAAAGAAACAAGAAAACCAAACCGAAAAGCAAAUUUAUACAUUCACAUACAAAACACACAUUCGUACACGUUAAGAUUAGCGCCCAAUAAUAAGAAAUCGCAAACGCCUAACUGAGCGAGAGAGAUUGCGACGACGUCAUCGAGGACAAACACAAAGCCGGGCUGACAGCACGGGCAAGCGGAAGCUGACUUCAACCGUAAAAAGUGGGUUGAUUGGUGUGCGAAAUUGAGUGUUAAAUGUGAAAGCUCCUUUCUUGCUGGCUGUCGUCCUGUGAUACGCGACCAACCGCGUACAUAUAUAUAUCAUAUAAGGCGAAAGAAAAACAGCUGAACUAAAAGAAAAGCAAGUCAUACUAAAGGAGGAUUACGCUAAUCCAUUGGUGAUGAUGUUGACGUGUACAACGCCUAUACGGAGCAACAGUGUAACCGCCCUCGAGCAGCAGCCAUCCUUUCUGGGGCAAAAACAAUACAAACAGGAACAGCAACAGAAACAGAAACAGCAUCAGCGCCGUCAGCUGCAGCAACAGUUUACGUCGCCGCAAUAGCAACAGCAGUUCGAUCAGCUAAGAGUUUUUCAGUGCCAAGUGGGAAGGUGGCCGCAAUCGUUUAGCAGUUUGUAGAAUUGACAGCUGAUAGGUCGUUGACAAGGCCAACUUACGAGGGUCAGCGGUGCUUACGAACAACGAACCAAGUGCAGCUGGUUCUCGCUGGCCUCGGUCGCAAAGCACACACCACAGAGUAAACACAGUGGAAUUGGCUGUGACAGCUGAAAGUGUGCAACAACGACGUGACGUGACGUCGUUAUAAGGACGUGUAUGCUGCGCGCGUACGAACAAAUUUCGCCGUUAGGAACUAAAUAAACAUUUACUCAAGGCAAUCAUCUCCACCGCCACCGCACAGACUACAAUGCUCUGGUAGCCAAGAUAGUUUUGCCGUGGAUCACUAUUGCGGCAGCAGCGGUGAUACGCCACACGCAGUGAAUAGUGUACUUGGAGUUGGGGCGGCUGGAAUUAGUGGCUCAAGCAGCGGUGUUAGCGGCGGAGUCGGCGGUGUUUGCAGUCAAUGCUCAUCAACGGCGGCAGCGGCGUCGGCAGCAGCUGCGGCUGUAGCUGCAGCGGGGACAACAUCGUGCGGUGGCGGUGGCAGCGGCGUUGGCGGCAACAACCACAACAACAGCGGAGUUGGUAUCAGCGGCGCGAGCACAAUUGGCGUGUGUUAUUGCAACAGCACGAUGUGUCAUCAUGGAUCCGGUGGCAUGCCGAUGGGCAUACCACCACCACCACAACCGCCACAAGCGAUGAUGUCCGGUGGCGGCGGCGUCGGUGGCAUCGGCGAUAUGCGCAAUCCACUGCACAGCAGCAGCAGCUUACUGGGCUCACACAUGUCGCUUGGCGGAAUGAGCAUAGGCGGCGGUGGCGGCGGCGGCGGCGGUGUUGGUCUCUACGGUUGUGAUACGAUCAUCUCAGGUCCCAGUCAUUGUCGCAGUCUAAGCGGUUUGAGUAGUCUGAGUAUCGGACCGCCAGCACCACCAGUGCCGCCUCCACCCCUCUUCAAUCCUUGUAGUUCAAAUAGUUUUAAUUCGAUACAAUCGAUGCAGGGGCCAAGCUCCUCACGCUGGGGACCGCGUACAUCAUGCCCGAUACACAGUCCAUUUCGAGUGCGGGCGCCCAACGGUUCAAUAUGCUCUGGACAUCAGGCUCUGCUACACACUCACGAUGUUGUUGCUCGAGACGUUUACGGUGAGGAGGCACUACGCGUCACACCGCCACCAAUGGUACCCUACAUUAAUGGCGACGAAAUCGAUAAUGUCGACAAUGGCGAGUUGCAGCAUGUAACCAGAGUGCGUUUGGUGCAAUUCCAGAAGAACACCGACGAGCCAAUGGGCAUAACGUUAAAAAUGACCGAAGAUGGACGUUGUAUUGUAGCUAGAAUAAUGCAUGGUGGCAUGAUACACCGUCAGGCAACGCUGCAUGUUGGCGACGAGAUACGGGAAAUUAAUGGCCAGCCUGUUCAACAUCAAUCUGUUGGCCAAUUACAACGCAUGCUGCGUGAAGCGCGUGGUUCGGUUACCUUUAAAAUAGUUCCUUCUUAUAGAAGUGCUCCACCACCCUGUGAGCUUUUCAGGAUAAGACCAACUCCAGUACUUAUAUUUGUGCGUGCACAAUUCGAUUAUAAUCCUUUAGAUGAUGAGCUUAUACCAUGUGCUCAGGCAGGCAUCGCAUUCCAAGUCGGUGAUAUUUUACAGAUUAUAAGCAAAGACGACCAUCACUGGUGGCAGGCCCGAUUAGACACAGUUGGUGGUUCGGCCGGUUUGAUACCAUCGCCGGAGCUGCAAGAGUGGCGUAUCGCUUGUAAUGUUGCGGAUAAGACCAAACAGGAACAAGUAAAUUGUUCGAUCUUCGGGCGUAAGAAGAAACAAUGUCGCGACAAAUACUUAGCUAAACACAAUGCCAUAUUUGACAACUUGGAUGUGGUGACAUAUGAAGAGGUUGUAAAAGUGCCAGUCGGUGAUCCAAACUUUCAACGGAAAACGUUGGUUUUGCUUGGUGCGCAUGGUGUGGGUCGCCGUCACAUUAAGAAUACACUAAUUUCCAAGUAUCCCGAUAAAUAUGCAUACCCCAUACCACAUACAACGAGACCUGCAAAACCGGAGGAGGAGAAUGGACGCAGCUAUUACUUUGUAUCGCACGACGAGAUGAUGGCCGACAUUGCUGCGAAUGAGUAUUUGGAGUAUGGUACUCACGAGGAUGCCAUGUACGGCACCAAACUGGACACCAUACGUCGCAUACACACCGAAGGUAAAAUGGCCAUAUUGGACGUUGAGCCACAGGCGUUGAAAAUUCUGCGUACGGCAGAAUUUACACCCUAUGUAGUGUUUAUUGCGGCGCCAUCAUUACAAAAUAUUGCAGAUUACGAUGGCAGUUUGGAGCGAUUGGCAAAAGAGUCCGAUAUGUUACGUCAAUUGUAUGGACACUUUUUCGAUUUGACAAUCGUAAACAACGAUAUAAGCGAAACAAUUGCCACGCUAGAAGCGGCCAUCGAGCGUGUACACACUACACCACAAUGGGUGCCAGUUUCAUGGUUGUACUGACAAGACAGUGAGCUUGAGUGUCCCGACUGCUUAGAGGGCUGUGACUGUGAAUGGGAAGCAUACGCAGCCGGUGCCCAACAACCAAAUACGGGCCUCUUUUGAACUAUUACAACAAACAACAGCAAAUCUAUAAAAGCACCGUUAAAGAACAUCACUUGGGGAAAUCAACUUACAUAUAUACACACGCGUAUACCGAGGAAUGAUUAUUAAAUAAGAAUUAAGGAGAGACGCAUAAGUAAAAUAGCAAAUGGAAAUGUGGAAAAAAUAAAACAUAAAGACAUAUUUACUUGCAGCAGUGCACAAAGUGACACAAGCAAAUACACACGAAACACAAACAUACACUAGUUCGUAGUAAAAUUUAUAAAUGAAAAUUCGGGUGCAGCAUUAUAAAACAAUAUAGUAUAGUAUAGGCAAUAAAUAAAUAAAGAAAAAUUAUGCAUUAACACUUACACAGACAUACAUACAUUCCAAGUAAAUGAAAAUACAACGUUACAAAAUUUCGUAUGUCUGUUUUGAGUGCAGGAAAAUCUUUGCAAUCUAAAAACAUUUCGCUACUAAGGCAUUAUUUAGCGCACGAGCAAUAUUGCUUAUGAGUAGAUAGCAGCACUUAUUAAUUAUAUCGGUAUUAGUCAAGCGAAUGGUGUAAACUGAGAUUUCCAAUACAUUUUUUCAUUUGCCUACAUACGCGGGGUUGUGAAUUUUUUAAUUGAAAAAAUUUGGAUUAAAAUAUAUAUUUUCAGCUUUUAAUUCCGAUUUUGGGACUAAAAAUUGUAUGUUAAAUUUUUGAAAAUUUAAUGUUCAAUUUUUGAAAAUUUAAUUUUCUGUAAUUUUAAUUAAAUAAGAAAAAUUGGAAAUUGAUGUCCCCGCUAUUUGAGAUUGAAAAUUAAGAACGUAUUUCUUAAUUUCAAAAUUGGAGUAAGAAAUAAUAGAAUUUUUUUUCAAAUUAAAAUUUGAAAUGAAAAGAGAUAAAAAAGGGAAGAUUUACAUAUUUCUAACUUUAACACCCUAAAUUAAAGCAAUUAAAUAUAAAUAAGAUAAAAAGAGCUGAACUAUGUUGAUAUAACGAAAAUUAAAUAAAGUUUUACUUCCAAGGGAUUGUGAUUCACAGUAAGAAUAAAAAUAUUAAAUUUUUUUAACUGGUUUUAUAAUGGCUUGCAGCCAAUUAUCCUAUCUUGUGGACAGUUGUUCAUACAAAUUUCAUUUCUCAGUAAAUCGAAAGGCUAUCGCUGCGAUGUUGUGUUCGGCUUAGCAAUGCUGCUCGUGUGUUAAAUAAUGGAAAGUUGUGAAAUUUUCUAAACAUCGUAGACUUUAUUUGGGACUUUGUUAAGUUUACUCAGAGCAAUUGUUAAAUUUUUUAUUUAUUUUAAAACGCUUAUGUAAAGUAAAAAAAUAUAUAUACAUAUAUACACACACACACAAGUACUUGUUAAAUUAAUUUAAUGUAACUUUUAAUUAUAGAACUCCUUAAAAUGAACUAUUUGAAAUUAAGUGAGAGAACUUGCAAAUAUACUGCAUAUAAUUAAUAAUUACAAUUUUACGAGCGGGUACACAAUAAACUAAAAGUAUUAUUGAUAAGUAUUCAACCGAUGCAAUUAAGAGUGUUUCAAGAGUAAGAGUCACAAGCAAAUUAAGUAAAUUUUAAAUGAAAAGUAUGCAAUUGUAAACCAUGAAAGUAAAACACAAAGUAAAAAAAUAUAUAAAAACAACAACAACCAAAUAAUAUUUGCACUUUUUAAAAAAAUAAUACAAAUGCAUAAUAAACGAAGUAAACGUUGCAGAGUAAAAGAUUACCAAAACAAGCAAUCAUGUUUGCUGAGUGUUAAAUCUUCAGCACAAGUCAGUUUAAUUCAACGUGAAGCAGUGAAGUAAGCACAAAAACAAAAACAAAAACGAUACAAAUAAAGCAUUCAUACACAUCUACACAUAUAAGAAUUAAAUGAAAUAAAAAAAGCACAUGAAAAAACUUUAAUAAAAUAAAAGAAGGUAAAGAAGAGAAUCAUAGUAAUAAUUUUAGUAAAGUUACUGUCAACCAAAUACUAAAAAAGAAAAAAUAUAAAUGAUAAACAGUAAAUUGUAAACCAAUUAAAAAAUAUUCGAAAAGCGGGCACACAGGUAUGCAAUGAAAAGAUAAUCGUACAAUUAUAUUACGUACACAUGCAUUAAAUAUUUGAGAACCGUUACAUGGAAUCGUUAAGAACGUUAAGAAAUGGUAAUAAUUUGAUUACAAAUAACUCAGGUUGAAUUAUUUCAAAAUGUGAAAGCAAACAACUGUAAAUGUAUUGAAUUUUUUCCAAUAAACUAACUAAGAGAACCUAACACAAAGCCCCACCAGCAGCACGUAAACCCUUCUAAUAAGGCAUCACAAAUGAAGAUCAUCACAGCAUCAGUGAAUAUAAGUGUUAUACUUCACAUGCUACUUCGAAAUAUAGGCACACAUUUAACGCUGCAGGCUGCCAUAGCGCAAACACUCACAUACAAUUAUUUCAUUGGAUUGCAAAAAUAUGCAUACUCAUACAUACAUUCACAUUUUGGUACGUAUAAGCUUAGUUUUUGUAUGCAGGCCUUUCUUCAAGUCACUAAUGAGUAUAAUACUAAGAGCUUUUCCCAUUUGCAAAAUUAUAUGCAGGCAAUGAUGCAAUGACUCAAAUAACAGGAAUACUUUUUUUUUUAUAUAUAUUUACACUCGGUUAAUAUUAUACUUAUUUGCAAGCAGAAAAUAAGCGAGCUGUUUGCGGUUUUGUUUUAUAACAUUAUGUGAAUAUGCGCAACUUGCGAAAAACUAAUCAAAUAUUUUGUAUAAAGUUAACAUAUGUAACACAUAUGUAUGAAGUAUAUGCACGAUUGCGAAUUUUUUGAUUUAAAAAUUAGAUUUUCAAAUUUUAUUAAGAUUUUUAAUUUUUGUUCCAAUACGUUGAGAUUUAACAUUUUUGACUUUUACGAUUGACUAAAAACUUUAGAUUGAAAAUUUUUAAAUUUCAAUCUUUACUUAACAUACAUAUAUAUAUUCCAAACAUUUUGGAUGAAAUUAAAUUAAGUCCAUAAUCAGCAUUAAAAAUUGAUAAGAUAUAAAUAUAAAAUGCUUGGGGCUCAAUUUUAUCCGGUAUUCGGUAUUAAAAAUUUAAAAAUUAUUUUUAUUAAUGAUUUUCGGGAUUACAAAAUAAAAAAGGAAAUUUUUAUUCAAAUCUUAAUUCAAUUAUUUUUUAAUGCUUUAUUUGCAAUCAUGUAAUUAUAAAAGCUAACAUUUAGGUCAUGUAAAGUUUGAGGUUAUGUGUAAACUUAUUUUUAAAGAAUUACCGAUUUCCUCGUAAGCGUCUGCUAUAGUUUAAUGAUAAUGAGUAUCAUUACUGAUUUGUGUUGUUUUUAUUAUUGUAUUUAAAACCUUUAUCCAUAUAUUUCAAACUGCCGAUAGGGUAUAUAAAUCUUUCAUUUCAUUUUUAGUUUUGAUAUUUAACCACAUUUGAGACGUAUAGUAUGGAGAGAAAAUUAACAACAAAAUUUGCCGCAUUAAGAACAUACUUAUACAUAUAUAGUUAUAUAUACAUGCAAACCUACAUGCAAAUAUUUCACCAGUGACUUUUCAUUUCACCUACAAAAAUAUUCAUCAACCAUCACAAACGUGAGUAAACACACAGCAUACCUACAUACAUACACACAUACAUGCAUACUGAACCAACAGACAAAUAUAUUUACCGUAUUUCUGAGCUUAUUUUGUAGUUUUUGAAAGAACAAAAAAAUUUUCUAUGUAUCUUUAAGAUUCUAUGGUUUCAAAGGGUUGAUGAUUGUAAUCGAAUAUUUCAGCAAAUUUAAUGAGAGAUAAUUAAACAAAGACGCGAUCGGAGUUAUACUAGUCAUGCUAUGAAGAUGGGGGGAAAUGUGAAAAAUGUGAAAAAGUUCCCCCCAUCAUAAUUAAUAUAGUAACUGUACUUCACACUACUAUGCAUUAAAACUUGUUAAUUUCAAAAGUUAUAUACACUUUCUAACUAAGAAACAUAAAAACAAACAUGUGCAUGCAUGUUGGUUAAACACUAAAACCAAAACAACAAAAAGCAAAUGAAAAACAAUUAAGUCAUAUAAAAUAGGCGGUAUAAAAUUGACUAAGAAGUGGUUGAAACCAUUUAAAACUGUUGCCAAACUAAACUUAAAUCGCUAAAAUUACGUUUUACUAAAAUGUAACUAGAUUACAAUUAGAUUUAAAUAGACUACUAUAGACUAGGAAGAAGAUGCCUGGUAAAGGAGCUAGUUGGAAGUCCAAGUCCCACAUCCUGCCACAACAUAUGUACAUUCCCUCAUUGAACAUACAUACAUGCCUAGAGCAACUUGUUAAAUCAUUAUGUUUACUCAUUACACCUUAACCCAUUGUUUUCAACCCUGUAUAGGCGAAAAAUCGCUGUGACACUCCUGCCUUAGUUCUUCACUCCCUCGCCCAUUUUACUGCAAUGUUUUUUAUAGUAAAAAUAUACAGCUUCUUAAAUGCUUACUUAAACAGGGCGUGGUAAUAAUUAUGAUUAGAUAUGAAUUACAUAAUGCGAGUAAAUAGAAUUUUGCUCAAUAACGGUACUUAAAUUAGAAAUGCAAAGUAGGUUUUCAUUACAAAAAAUGCUAACAUUAAUACAUACAUAUAAAUUAUCACUAACGUACACACUACUAGCGACAUUGACAUAAUUAAUACAUUUAAAGAAAAUCACUGCUUUGAGAAUCAAAAUUACGCGUAAAAUAAAUGGAAACGAGAAGGCGACAAGCGAUCACACUUUGCGCUAAAGAGCCAAACACACUUUUGUCCCUUUGAGUGAAAGUAAUUUUUAAUAAUCGGGAUGCAUAAAUUAAUAUAUAUUUACAUGUACGAUAAACGAGUAACGGCGGCAAGACUUUAAGACUUAAAGAAGCGCUUGCAUGUCAUUAUUAGAAUUUAUUUUCGAACACUUUAGAAUAAAUAAAUUUAGACUUGUUUCAAUUAAAUAAAUUGUAAAUUUAAAAUCAUAAGUUAAUUGGGUACCUUAGCUGUACGGUGGAGUAAUUUAAUUCUGGCUAUUAAUAGAAAUGGCUUGAUUAUUAAUUUAAUUGUUGAACGUUUUUUAUUAGAAUUACCUAUGCAUAUUUUCUUUAAACGCAACUCAUCAAAGAAACAAAGAAAAGCGUCAAUCAUUGCAAAAACACUAAAAGUCGAGUUUGAGAUAUAAUAUGUACAUACAUCCAUACAUAUGUAUGUAGCUCACAUACAUAUGAGUAAUAUAAUGCCGUUAAAAGUAAUACUAAAAUAAUGAAAAACAGUUGUUAUUUAAGCAGAAUUAAAGUUAAAGAAAAUAAAAAUAAAAUUAAAAAACAAUACAAAGAAUAUUAAAAAUAAAUCAAUUGAAACGAAAAAAAUAUAUAUAUGAAACCUCUAAGAGACGUACAUUUAUAGAUUCAUAUAUACAUGCGCACGAGAAUACGAGAAGUAUUACGCGCAUGGAUGUACGCAGACGCGUGGUUCGUUGGAUGCAGAUGUGUCGAAACUUUGAUGGUAGUGAUAAUGGUAUUAAGUGUCACGGGCGCAAUAAAGCCUAAAAGCUGAAGCUGAACAUUGAAACAGCAUAAAUAUAUAAACUUAUAUAUUAUAUAUAUUUAGAUUAAUACAAUGAAUCGCAUAAACUCAGUAAAACCAAAACAAACAACAACAAAGUGAAACAAUACAGAUAAAAAAAACCGAAACAAAACACUAAAUAAGAAUUAACGAAAAGCAAAGAAAAGAAUGAAAUCCACAAAAUUAAUUAAAAAAAACAAAAACAUGAAAUACACCAAAAAUAAAUUUAAA